UAGUUAAGAAAAGUGCUAGGUUAUAAAGCUACCUGAGUUAGUCGCUGCUUUCUAGAUUGGGAAAUGGCCAUCCAAACACAAAACCAGCAAGAUGUUUUUCGUCCUUCUGGAAACUAUCCCCCUACGAUUUGGGGUUGCAGCUUUGCUUCGCUUUCUUCUCUUGAUUCGGAAUUUGAAUCGUACACCAAAGAGGUGGAAAUACUUAAAGAAAAGAUUAAAGAUGUAUUAGAGCAGCCUACAAAAGAGUUGAUUGGAAAAAUUGAAUUCAUUAAAUUAUUAUGUCGUCUUGGUGUUUCAUAUCAUUUUCGGAAUGAGAUUAAAGAUCAAUUAAAUCAGAUUUUCAUUCAUCUUUCUGAAUUAUUAGAAGAUAAUGACUGUGAUCUCAAUAUUAUAGCGACUGCAUUCCAAAUCUUAAGAGAACAUGGAUACAAAAUGUAUUCAGAUGUGUUCAACAAAUUCAAGGAUAGUGAUGGAGGGUUCAAGAAAACAAUCACCAAUGAUGUGAAAGGCCUCCUGAGCUUAUACGAAGCUACCUUUUUUAGAGGACAUGGAGAAGAUAUUUUAGAUGAAGCUCUUGCUUUUACAAGGCAACACUUGGAAAUCUUAGCUGAGCAAUCAAGUCCGCAUCUUGCAAAUUAUAUAAAAAAAGCUUUGGUGCUACCAUUCCACCGUAACUUAGAAAGACUAGAGGCUAAGAAAUACAUAGCCUUCUAUGAAGAAGAGGAGUCUAAGGAUGAAACUCUGCUCAGGUUUGCUAAGUUGGAUUAUAAUCGACUGCAAUUAUUAUACAGACAAGAGCUAGCCUCACUCUCAAGAUGGUGGAAAGACUCGGAUGUAGCAGAAAAGCUUGAUUACUCAAGGGACAGAAUAGUGGAGGCUUAUAUGUGGGCAAUUGGUCCUCAUUUCGAGCCUCAGUAUUCUGUUUCCAGGAUUCUUGUAGCCAAAUUUAUAGAAAUCUUAACGCUAAUAGAUGACACAUAUGAUGGAUAUGCUACAAUUGAUGAAGUUCAACAUUUCACUGCUGCAAUUGAGAGAUGGAAUAUUGGUGCCAUUGACGAUUUACCAGAAUACAUGAAAAUUCUUUACAAGUUUACCUUGAACUUUUUUGAUGAAAUGGAAAAAGAUGGCUACAAUACUUGUUAUGCGAAGGAGACAUUCAAAGAAAUGGUGAAGGCCUAUUAUGUUGAGGCACAAUGGUUUAACAAUAAGUAUAUGCCAGCACUUGAUGAGUACAUGCAAAAUGGAUUAGUGACCGGUGGAUAUAGAGCCAUUCCAGCAAUUACCUUCCUUGGAAUGGAAAAUAUUGUGGGGGCUAAGGAACUCCAAUGGGUCGAAACCAAUCCAAAAAUUGUCAGAGCUGCCAGGUUAAUUUCUCAUCUCAGAAAUGAUAUAGUAGCUCGUGAGGAUGAAAAAAAGAAGAAGGAUGGUCCUCUAAGUGUAGAUUGCUACAUGAAUGAACACGGUGUAUCGAAAGAGAAGGCAAUCGAAGAGACUAAAAAAAUGUGUGAAGAUGCAUGGAAGGAUAUGAAUGAGGAUUGCUUUAAUCCGAGUGUUGUGCCAAAGUUUCUGCUCAAAUACUAUGUCAAUCUUGCACGCACCAUUGAAUAUCUUUAUACUCAUGACGAUUACUACACCUACUCAUCAGCUUUGAAAGAUGACAUCACAUCAUUGUUCCUGGAGCAACUUCCUCUCUGAGAAAAUCAACUCAAUUCAACUUAUGCAUUUAAUCAUGUUAUAUCAUGAUAUGUUUCCCUGUGUUUUUCUUUUCUUUUCUUUUCUUCUCUUUUCCAUCAAGGCUGACAUUGAUCACCUCGGAUGGUUGAAUCUAUGUUAAGGAUUUAUUAGUUCUGUAUUGGUUUUUAUAUUUUUAUAUCAAUUAGCAUAUUCUGGGUUGGUUGCGUAUC